AUGCAGCCACUCUUUGCUGUCCACAACAACGUGUCUCUGCUGAGCAUCAAUAUUGCCCCCAGCACGUUCUUGGCCGCGUUGACCUUGGCCCUCGUCUUUCUGUCGCUAUAUUUGCCACGGCUGCCGUCCUUACCCUUACCCCAUCUCUUCCGCUUCGACCGGCGUCGUAAAGGAAACGACGAUAUAGACACCGUCCAACACAGACGCCAACGCAUUGCCAACGACCUCGGCGACGGCUACAACGAUUACGUCGAUCCUCGACAGUGGCGUAAUAGAGAAUCUGUCGUUGUCGAUUGGCAGCAUCGUCAACUACCACCAUUGCCGCCUCCGCCAUUCCGACCUCUACUGGGGGGGUACGUCGAGGAGUGCGACGAUCGUGAGAAAGAGCGCUUCUCCGGAUUUUUCCGUAAGAAAAAGAGCAGCCGGAGUGACCGCGAAAGGCCAGCCGCAAAAGAUUCGAGAGAGAGACAACGGGCUAAGGAACGGGAGAAGGAAAAUACCAGUCCGGGAAGUCGCAACAAGUACUUGACACCCCCAAAAAGCACAUAUACCAGCAGGAACACCAUCUCGGAAACGACAGCGGAAUCGGCCAAGCUGGUGGUUCAUAGUAGUCGCCGCAAAAACGUGGGCGUAUAUGACCCUCAUAGUCAAUCGCCGGACAGCAGCGAUAGGGAGGAGCGAGGCCGACAGCCUAUCGGCAUUGACACGAACGACCAUGCCACGAAUUGGCUCUCCUCUGGUAUCCUGGGACUCAUCACAUCCCGGAUUCGACCCGGCCAACAACCGACUCCUGACACCGUCCAUCUCUCCCCACCGCGAACACCAGUGUUCGGACAACCGUCGACCCACACCGGCUUCCUCGAAACCGACAGCGAGGGAAACGACAGCGUGGAGGAUUCAGCAUCUGGCGGUGGUGGGUACAGCCCUCCGGCGUGGCGCCGCCUCGAAAACGGCGACCGUAGCUCAGGCUUCUGGCGCAAAAGUGACAAUAUCCUCGGCUCACCCACUCUGGCGACGCCAAUGAGAGAGACGGACGACCAGCUACACUACCAGCAUCAGAAACAGCAACAGCAACAGAACUCAUUACCACACCCAUCUACAUCGCCACAUGCCUUCGCAUCACACCUUCAACAGCAUUUUCAAAGGCGGAAAGAGUCCAGGCUGGGUCGUACAUUUGCCUCGUCGCGAGCAUCAAGUCCUGGGUUUGAUAGUGAGGAGGACGCCAUGGUAGACGACAUGCUUGGGCCCGACGACGAUGACAUCUUUGACGACCAUGGUGGCGGCUAUGCGGACGAUACCGUGCUGGAGCGCGCUAUGCGCACACGACUGCCUGGCAGCAUGAGCCCUGACAAGGAACGAAGCCCCGAACCGGAGCUCGUCUACCCAAGCCCGCUCAGUCGGAUGGAUGGCAUGCGGCUCAAGGCUAUGGAAUCCAUACAGGAGGAGAGGGCUGGUUUAGAGCUCCUAAACGGCCAGCAUGAGACGUCCGACAACUAUAUUCGAUUUGCAGUCCGCUCGGAGGUGAAACACCACACCAAGCUUCUCCAUACUGCGUUAGGUUAUGUACGCGGCAGAAUCUAUUUUGCGACUCGCUCUUGGGCGCGCAUUCUCCUGUCAGUCGUGGUUGGCAUCCUGUCAAUUGCGGCCUUGCGCGCAUUGUCAUACGCGGCUGGCUUUCGCGCUGUACCAGACCUCGUCAAGGUGGCAGGCGUUGCACGAUCUUUUGAGCCGCUCAUCUACUAUUCAGAAAAUGGCGUGGCUCAAGUGCACGAUUUGGAAGCCACCGGUGUGGCCGUGUGGGAUUUAGGCGAAAGCGUCCGCUUGAGCAACCUCACGUCAGCACCUAUUAUCGUCCAAGAGCUCGACGAGCUCAGCGACACCCUCCGGGCACUGGCGAUGGAACUGACCCGCUUCUUCUCAAACAUCGAUGGCGACAUUGACGGCAUUUUGAUUGUUAUGGACUGGGCACGACGGGAGCUCGGUCGUCUACAGGAACCGCCGACGUCGACGUCGCCCAGUCUUUUUCUCAUGAAGCCCUUGGCCGCUGCUUACGACAACGUGUACAACUUGCUCGCCUGCGCGGGCCUGUUUGAAAACGUCGCAACGGGAUCGCCCACGGCUGUGGGCGCCGUGGCCACGACGCUGUUUGGCAUGUCCGGCCCGCAGCGCACACGUGCCACGCUGCACCGCACGUUCCACGAGUUCCUUUUGGUGCUCGAGGAGGCCGUCGCAACAGAACUGCAGCACAGCCUGGCCCUCUUUGCGCUGUUUGAAAACAUCGACCGCCAGUUUCUCAACCUUGUGCGCACCGUCGCACGCGAGGCCAGUGUCCAAGACGAGCGCCACGCGGAUCUAUUGGCGGGCCUCUGGACGCGCAUCCUCGGCCCCAGCGCCGCCGCCACGGCCAAGUACGAGCAGAACCGCGAGCUGCUGCGCGACGUGCGCGAGAAGACGGUGCGCAACAAGGGCGUGCUCGUCGAGCACAACCACCGCCUGUUGGCGCUGAAGACGAGCCUCGAGAGUCUGCGGCGCAAACUCGUCAGCCCGCUCGUGCGGUCGGUCAACAGCAGCACGCUGACCCUGGACGAGCAGAUCCGCGGACUCGAAGACGUCGGCACGUACCUCUCCGAGGUCCGUGCUCGCCAAAAGGGCCGGCUGCUGGAGGCGCUGUACGGCGCGGGAUCCGUGCGGGAGCGCAUUGGCUGGAGUGGAAGCAGCGAGGACAAUGUGAGCUAA